AUGCUGAACAAGAUAAUGGUUUAUUCAAAUAUCGAAGGCAAUCGUAAUUCAGCUUCUAAUGGUGAAUGGGAACCAAUAACAUUAAUUGAACUCAAAGCGUUUAUUGGGCUUUUAUUGCUGGGUGGAUUAAUGGGAAAAUCAAAGAAAAGUAUUAAAUCUUUGUGGAAUAGAAGCCCACUGGAAUCUCCGAUAUUCCCAGCUACCAUGUUGAGAAAUCGCUUUGAAACAAUAAUUUCAUCAAUUCGGUUUGACAAUAAAACAACACGAGAAGAGAGGAAACGAACGGACAAAUUCGCUGCAUUUCGUGAAAUUUGGACAGAUUUUCGAGAAAAUUUAAAGAAAUGCUACAACCCUGGAUUGCAUGUUACACUUGACGAACAGUUUUUGGGAUUUCGAGGGAAGUGUCCAUUUCGUCAAUAUAUCCCAUCUAAGCCGGAUAAAUAUGGGAUUAAAUUCUGGUUCUGUGUCGAUGUCAAUUCUUACUAUAUGUUCGAUGCAUUUCCUUAUAUCGGACGACAACCUAAUGAACAACGGCAACGAUUUGUUGGUGCUAAUGUUGUUUUAGAGCUAAUGAAACCAAUGUACGGGUCGAAUAGAAAUGUUACGAUCGACAAUUUCUUUACCAGUAUUCCAUUAGCGAAAGAAUUACACUCAAAGGAACUUACUUUGGUAGGAACCUUGGGAAAAAAUAAGCCCGAGAUUCCUAUCGAGUUGCAGUCAAAUAAAAAUCGCGACGUUGGUUCAUCGAUAUUCGGUUUCAGCGACAAUCUAACACUGGUGUCAUACGUUCCAAAGAAAAACAAAGCUGUCUUAUUACUCUCUUCUAUGCAUCAUGAUAACAAAGUAGAUACUGGAACUGGAAAACCGAAUAUUGUUCUGGACUAUAACAAAACCAAAGGGGCUGUUGACACUAUUGACGAAAUGUGUCACAAGUACUCUGUAAAAAGAGGUACAAGACGAUGGCCACUAUGUGUUUUUUAUGGAAUCAUUGAUGCUGCUGCUAUCAAUGCAAUGAUCUUAUGGAAAAAGAAAAAUUCAAAUUGGAAUGCGAAUAAAAAAUACAAGCGUCGUCUAUUUCUAGAAGUUUUAGGAACACUUCUGACAUCCUAUCUUUUAGAUUUUCGCUCAAAAAAUUCAUCAACCUUGCACAAAGAUAUUCAAAAUGCGCUAGCUCUAUUUGGUUAUCCGCGGAUAGAAACAGAAUUAGAAACAUUUAUCACAGAUUCUGCACGCUCCAAGCGAAAACGAUGUUCACUUUGCGAUUAUUCAAGUGACAGAAAAGUUUCUAACACAUGCUACAAAUGUUCAGAGUCUGUAUGCAAACAACAUAGUGUGAAACGCGUUUUUUGUAUUAAUUGUUCUAAAUAA